AUGCCUCUGGCGCUGCCCAUCUUCCUCCUGAGCUUGUGGCCCGGAGGGGCUCCUUUGGCGGCCACUCCCCGGGGCCUCUCCCCCAAGCCUUCCCUCUCGGCCUGGCCGGGGCCCGUGGUGGCCCCGGGAGGGAACGUGACCCUGCGGUGCCGGGGGAUCCUCCGGGCCGGGAGAUUCGCCCUGUACAAGGCCGGGGCAGCGGAGCCGGUCAGGCUGCGGGAAGCGGCCGGAGACGGGGCGGAAUUCCUCUUCACCGGAGCCACCGCGGUCCAGCAGGGAAGAUACAGCUGCCGCUACCAGAUCCAAGCGUCUCCCGGAUCCUGGUCCGAACCCAGCGACCCCCUGCUGAUGCUUGUCACUGACAAGCUCCCUAAGCCGUCUCUGGUGGCACUGCCAGGCCCCGUCCUGACUCCGGGGACCAACGUGAGCCUCCGCUGCCUGGGUCUGCUGGGGGGGAUGAGCUUCGCCCUGUAUCGGUUGGGCAGGCCCGGACCCCUGCAGUACCUCGACUCGGCCCGGGCCUGGGCCGACUUUGCCCUGGGCGGGCCCGGCGCCCCGGGCACCUACAGCUGCUAUUACCACACGCCCGCCGCCCCUUACGUCCUGUCUGAGCGCAGCGACCCUCUGGUCAUCAGCCUUGCAGAGCCUGCCUCACCAGAUUAUACCCUGGGCAAUAUCCUCCGGCUCGGAUUGGCAGGGCUGGUCUUCGUCGCCCUGGGGGGGCUGGUAUUUCUGGACUGGCUCAGUCGCAAACCAGAGUCAGAGCCGUCACGGGAGCCAGGCAGAGGUCAAACUUCUCUUCCCUCCGGGAGCCGGGAUGGAGGGGAAGCGUGGGCUUCCCUGUGGGAGAACAGGAGAUCGAGCUAGCAUCUGCCGGACCCGACCCCGCUCUGCCAGACCACCAGAACCCAGGAGAA